GUUUUGUUUAGAAGAGAUGAGACUGGACAAACAGCGUAUGAUAUUGCUAAAGAGAAUGGACAGAGACUAAUUAUGGAACUUUUGUAUCAGAAUGGAGGUGAUCCUAAAACCUUGGAGCAGGAUGUCAGAGAUGAGAACCGACUGAAAGAGGACAUCAGGCUGCAAGGAUUUUUGAACAAAACAGGGCCUAUUGGAAAAACUUUUAAAAGGAGAUGGUGUAUUCUUGAACAUGGAGCUUUAACUUACUACAUAAAUGAAAAGAGUAAUACUUCCAAAGGGUCCAUAGACAGAAAGGACAUGUAUAUGAUCCAGGCAGUGGACACUGAAAGGCUUAAUUACUCUUUUGAGUUGAGCACUAAGUUAGAAGACAAUCGCAUCUUUACAUUUUCUUCUGAGAACAAAGAUGACAGCAGUGAGUGGAUUCGCACAAUUGCCAAGCUGAUGGCGCCCAUUGCAGUCAUGGACCAUGUGGGCAUGAUUGACAUCAAGCUUGCAGGUUAUGCCUACAUCAAGGAGUCUCUUGUCGAUGAGUGGCGUCAGACAUUCAUUGUGUUCAGUUGGCGAAUCAUUAACUACAUGAACAGAGAUCUCAAGUUUGACUUCAUUGAUCUAAGAAAGAAUUCUAAGACUUUUGUCUCUUCAGUCUGCCCUGCAGAUAGUAAUUGUAUUCUAUGUUUAAUCUUUUCGCAGAAAUGCAAGAAUCCAGUAACCAGUGUUGUUUCUGUCUCACUCAGAUCUGUUUACCUGCAAGCUACACUUCCCAGGGACACUGAGAAAAUGUAUGCAGCCUUUCUGGAAGCCAGCACGGGCAGUGGGACAACUCUCAAUGAUCAGGCCUUGACCAAUGAAAAUGUGCCAGUGAUUGUUGAAAGGUGCAUAACUCACAUCCACAUGAAUGGCAUUGAGGAGAAGGGGAUUUACCGAACUGCUGGUCAGAACAGUAAAGUGCAAGAGCUCCUGGAUCAUUUCCGGAAAGACGCGUGGUCCGUGUCAUUGAGUGAUUACACAGUCCAGGAUGUAGCCAAUGUCCUCAAGAGAUUUCUCAGGGAACUAGAGGAUUCUUUGUUUGAGAGGAUCAACUACGGCUCUUGGAUCAACAUGGCAGGAUGCCAGGAUAAGAAUAGUCGACUGGUGUGGUACAAGUAUUACCUGGAAAAGAUGCCGCUGGUCAAUUUCCAGACCCUAAAAAGGAUUGUCCUCCACUUGUUAAGGGUCUCCGAGUCUGAAACUGUCAACCUGAUGUCCAUCACAAACUUGGCUUCCUGCUUUGCUCCAUCUCUCUUGAGGACUGCAACAGAUGAGGAAAUCAGCAUUAUGGUUGAUCUCCUGAGCAAUGCUGACUAUUUCUUUAAU